AUGUCAAUUCUCACUACUACUGUAGUAAAUAAACCACACGCUCUUGAAUGUUUCGAGAAAUACUCCAAUAUACACAAGGCAACACGUGUAUUUGCCUAUGUGUUGCGAUUCAUAGAAAAUUGUAAGCUGAAAAAAGUGAGGGAACACAAUCUUCGCAGCCAUACAGCACUAGGCGCUCGCGCUGCUCGCACUGCUCCACCUCUGCCAUCUGUUGCCGAGUGUCAUUCGGCUAUCUUGUGUAUCGUCAGGUUGACACAGGCCUUCUAUUUUGCGGAAACAUUGAAGCUUCUCAGCAAGGAAGAAACUCCACCACAAGAACUGCUCUCUAUUUCGCCUUUCGUCGAUUCUUCCGGUCUUCUCAGGGUGGGCGGACGCCUCCGCAACUCCAGCCUUCCGUAUGACAGCCGUCAUCCACUGUUGUUGCCAAAGUUAUCUCAUUUAAGCACUCUGAUUUGUGAUCAGACUCACAGAGAUCAUCUUCACGUCGGACCUCGCACAACUCAGUCACUAGUGGCUCGCAAAUAUUGGAUUAUAUCAGCGCGCAACCUCAUAAGGAGCAGAUUGCAUCAUUGUGUCUGUUGUACUCGCAUGCGAGCUCAACCUCAGCAGCCAAUCAUGUCAGAUCUUCCCCAUUUUCGUGUGAAUGCCUCAUCUGUAUUCGUCCAUGUAGGAGUUGACUUCGCUGGCCCCUUCAAUACGAAGUGCAGCUCACUCAAAAAACCGAGAGUGUAUAAGGGCUAUCUUGCAUUGUUCAUAUGCUUAGCGGUGAAAGCUGUUCAUUUGGAAUAUGUAUCGGAGCUGACCACUGAAUCGCUUCUUGCCGCUUUCGAUAGAUUCACAUCUCGUAGAGGCCUACCUUCUCACGUAUACUCUGACAACGGAUUGAACUUCGUUGGAGCUGCUGAAAAAUUAUCAGAUAUCUCGAAAUUCUUGGCUGACAAUAAGACUGACAUUUUUAGUGCUCUUGUACAACGUGAAGUAACCUGGCACUUCAAUCCACCUAGCGCACCCAAUUUUGGCGGUAUUUGGGAAGCAAAUAUUAAAUCAGCGAAAUUACUGUUGAAAAUUCGAAUUGGUGAUAAUCCAAUGACAAAGGAGGAGUAUUUCACAGUGUUCUCUCGUAUUGAAUCAAUUAUGAAUAGUCGUCCUCUAUUGGAGCGUUCACAGGACCCCAACAAGACACCGGGACCUCACAGGACCUCUGCUGACACCCGGUCACUUUCUUAUUGGCCGACCGUUGCUACAAGCAGUAGAGAUCCCGCUGGAUACUACCACCCCCGUACGGCAGCAAUGGACUCAUCUACGCCGAAUUGUGCAGAUGUUUUGGAAUCGAUGGAGUACAGAAUAUCUACAUACGCUUAUGCAGUGAAACAAGUGGAAGACCCCCUCAGAACCCUUGAAAGUGGGUCACAUAGUGCUUAUCAAGAAUACGAGUACCGCGCCCACAUUGUGGCCUCUAGGCAUAGUCGAACAAAUAUUUCCCGGACAAGACCAAGUAGUAAGAGUGGCAUUGAUUCGCACCGCCUGCGGCCACCUCACGUGACCUGUAAACAAACUCAUAGUGUUGCCAAUAGCUUUAUUUGGCACCCUCUCUCUGAGAGACAUUUUUUGUAA